AUGCUUUCUAGUCAGACUUUACCGGUGAAGGGUGGCCCCUGGAAAGAGAUCUGUCAGUUAGAUAUAAAAGCACAGCAGGUAAAAGAAAAAGUUAUUAGUGGGCUGGCAAUGGAAGUUGGUGAUGGACGAAGGACACUAUUUUGGGAAGAUAACUGGGUCCAGGGUGGUCCUCUGAAAGUGCGUUUUUCAAGGCUCUUCUCUGUUUCAAACCAGCAAGGAUCUGUGAUAGGGGAUUGUGGGUUCUGGGAUGGGUUAAAGUGGAUUUGGAAUUUCCAUUGGAGGAGGGAGCUGUUUCAAUGGGAGUUGGAACUAGUUCACCAACUUCAUGAUAUGUUAAGACCAGUGAAGCUAUCAGCUGACAGAGAAGAUAAUCUUGUUUGGAAAUUUGAUAAUAAAGGUAUUUUUUCUACUAACUCUUUUCUGCAUGUGUUGCAAUUGGAGACUCUUUCGGAGGAGAUUACGAGUUAUAGCUUCACAAGUUCAAUCUGGAAAGGGCUGGUUCCGCCUAGAAUUGAACUGUUUGGUUGGUUUGUUUUAGUCGGUAGAGUGAAUACUAGAGAAAGGUUGAGUAGAUUAGGCAUAACUCGCCAGCAUGAUAGUAUUUGUGUCUUAUGUAAAAAGGAGAUCGAAUGUGUUCAUCAUUUGUUUGUAUUCUGUGAGUUUACAUGGCAGGUGUGGUGCGUCUGGUUGAGAUGUUUUCAUAGAGAUUGGGCUAUCCCAGGAAGCAUUAAAGGCUUGUUUGAGAGUUGGAAUGGAACACCUAAUAGAAAAGAGGAGCAGAAGAGGUGGCUGACUGGGUUCUUUGCGGCUAUUUGGAACGUUUGGUUGGAACGCAAUAACAGGAUUUUCAAUAAUAAAGAGGUAACUGUUGAUGUCAUACAGAACAGGACGUUUUUGAGUUACAAGGAAUUGACUGGUAUUGAUCCUACUAGUUGUUGA